GAGAUGUGCGGGGAAACGUUCCUAGGUACGGCAACACAAAGCACCAUUUUAUUGGCCACCUUGCUGAGUUCAUGUUUAAACGGAAACAUAAGGAUUACAAACAAAGACUACGCCAUUUGUUUCGGGCUAUCGGUGAAGUUUACAACGGGGAAUCGGCGCAACAGAAUGUUGAUCCAGUUGCCGCUGACUCGGAUGAGGACGUUGAACCCGGUGAUUACUGAGGUUACCAGUUUGUAACCCAUUGAAGAUGAAUGAGGAAAACUUUCUCGUUAAGUUUAUCCCAGUCAAACACUGCUUUCUACAGUUCUCCAGUAAAUGGUUCAAUAAAAUAAACCAUCCCAAGAAUGCCUGUGUGAAGGUCACUCACCCUGUGACUAAACAGCAUAUAUACUUCUCCUGGGCUCCUCAGCCUGCUCAUACUGUGUUGAAUGACUGCUCCGUCGGUAUCAACGCUACGUUCGCUCAAGCACUCAACUUGCAAGAGGGUGAACUUGUAGUUGUAACGUCAGAGGAGACUGUAUCUUCGCUACAUCAAAUUUACCUCACUCCUGUUACUGCAGACGACUACGAAAUCCUGGAGCUGAGCAGAGACAGUGUUGAAGUUUCAUUUUUGAAUCAAAUAAGGAUCAUAUAUAUUGAUCAAAUUUUGGUGGUUUGGGUGUCAAAAACCAUACAUUUGAAGCUUAAAGUUGAUCGUUUGGAACCAAAUGUAUCACAUGGGAGGUUAGAAGAUUUGUCAGAACUGGUUAUUCAAAAUGUUUCAAAAGCUGCAGAAAGUAGGAAUGAGUUAACACGGAACAUCAACACGACUUCUGUUUCCAACCUAAGCUCCACAGCACACACCAUGAAUAGUGUGGAACCUGAACCGUUCUAUUGGAACUUCCUCCCAACCAGUCUGUUAGAAGUACUAAAAGGCGAGGAACAAAACAACAAACAAGAAACAAAUACUAAUCAUCCAGAUUCAUCUGAAAUUGUCUGCAGAGUCCAUCCUAUCCCAAUCGCAUGUGAAUCCUCAACAUGUUGUAAUAGUGCUCAUGAUGAACAAACACAUCCGUUUAAUGUAUUUGUGAGCAAAAUGACGUUGAAGAAAAUAGCUGCAUCGUCAAACAACUCAUUUGUGUCAGACCUUAUCAGUGAAAACCAGUCUGUAGUUGUUUGUAGGCUGAAUGUUGCUCAAAAACCAAAGUCCAGAACAGCAAAGAGUACCAAAGAAACUAUAAGUGAUAAUGAGAAAUUAGUUAGUGUUUGUAUUAGGUUGUGUCGGAUUGAAGAAUCAUGCGGUGUGUUGAACAAAAAUAUAAACAUUUCUUGUGUUUUCGUCUCUAAGUUUCUUCGAAGAGUCUUGAAGUUGAAUAUUGGAAGUAGAGUAAGGAUACAAGCAUACAAACCACCUCUGAAUAAAACACUUGCAAAAGUCACUCUAGUACCUGUUAAACAAUUGGAUGUAGGAGAGUCGCAAACGUUGGUGACACAAUUCCACAAGAGAGUGUCAUGCAGAAGCGGAGUUCUUGUUAACGAUUGCUGUCCGCUCCCAGUUCCAAUGCCUGAUGACCCAGACUUUGCAGUUUUGGUGGUGCUGUUGCCAGAUGGUCUGGACUGUUUUCCCCUCACACACUCACAGCUGCAAGUUAUAUCAACCACUGUCUCUACAGAAGCUGAGAGGAGCUUGACGAGCUUACGAGGCUACAACCAAAAACAGAAAAAAAUCCAUAUAACAUCCAGUGUUUUUAAGGACUUGGUGAGUCAAGGAGUUGCGGCAGUAGAGUUUGGCUUGCAACUGAUGGAGAAAAAUAGUCAAUCUGGUCUUGCAAACAUUCUGAUCACAGGCAAGUCAGGUAGUGGGAAGAGUAGACUGGCUGAAGCAAUUCACUCAUCGGUGUGUGGAGAACCGUAUCACGUGUUUGUGUCGGUGUUAGAUUGUAAACCUCUCAAAGGUAAGAAACCCGAGUCUAUAGCCAAGAUAGUUGCUGAACAAGUAGAGGAGUGCUUGUACCAUGAGCCUGCAGUGUUGGUGAUGGAGGAUUUGCACAUCAUCGCUUCAGCUCCAACCAACAACUCUGAACCUUCCCAGGAGAACACUUACUUCCUGCGGUUGACUACAGUGUUGAAGGAGUUACUGUGGCAGUUGAGCGUGACUGGUGUUGUAGUGAUAGCCACAGCUGAGACAAGGUCACAGAUACAUCCUCAGCUGCUGGCUGCUAGAGGUAGACACUGCUUCACCACCUUUCUUCACAUCCCUCCGCUUUCAAAGAGUGAUCGCUUGGAUAUUGUCAGUGAGUUGCUCAGUGCCAGGCUGAACUGCCAAACUCUGCCAGAGCUAGACUCAGCAGCUGUCAGAACUGAGGGUUGUGUGGCUCGGGACCUGCACCGACUGGUGGACAAGAUAAUAUUCAGAGCUUGCCAACGACAAGUACAGACAGUUGAGGUGACAGCAGAGGAUGUGAGUGUCUCACUGCAGGACUUUGUACCAAGUGAGCUAGCCAAUGUGUCAGUGUCACGUCAGUCUAGCAUCAACUUCUCUAACUUGGGAGGUCUGCGUGAAGCCAAGAGACAACUCAGUGAGGUGCUCAUCUGGCCAAAUAAGUAUCCUGAAGUGUUCAGUCAGUGUCCGCUGCGGUUGGAGCGAGGAGUGUUGCUGUACGGAGCUCCUGGUACAGGCAAGACUUUACUGGCCAGCGCAGUGGUCGGGGAAAGUGGCCUCAACUUCAUCACUGUCAAGGGCCCAGAACUCUUGUCAAAAUACAUAGGAGCAAGUGAAGAGGCUGUGAGAAAUGUUUUUGAAAAGGCACAGAGUGCUCGGCCUUGCAUUCUCUUUUUUGAUGAAUUUGAUAGUCUAGCUCCCAGACGUGGUCAUGACAGCACAGGAGUGACUGACAGAGUCGUCAACCAGCUGCUUACCCAGAUGGAUGGGGUAGAGACCCUGGAAGGUGUGUGGGUCGUGGCAGCUGCCAGUAGACCCGACCUGCUAGACCCAGCGUUGCUUAGACCCGGUCGAAUUGGCAACCUCAUACACUGCCCCACUCCUGAUCAGGUGGAGAGAGAAGAGAUCCUACAGACCCUGGGUGCCCAGCUGAGGCUGAGUGCUGAUGUAGAUCUCGCAAAGGUUGCGGCUCAAACAGAGCACUACACUGGAGCUGACCUGCAGGCUGUCCUCUAUAGUGCUCAGAUGAUAGCAUACGACACUCUACAUCAAGAUUCUGAUGAUGAAAAUCCAUCUACUGCACCUUUAGUUAAUGAUGUGGAAGUAACUCAGUCAAACUUGCUGGCCGCUCUGCAAGAUACUAAUCCAUCUCUAAAGUUGGUGGAUAGGAUGAGAUUUCAACAAAUCUAUCAGAACUUCCAGAAGCAGAAAGGAAGCCCUAACCAAGAACCAACAGAAAGCAUGCCUAACCUCAGAGUUACUUUGGCUUGAGAUAUUUUUAUGAAUAAGUAUUGUUGUGGGAAUGAUCGUUUACAAUUGUAUUUAUAUUAUAGAAAUGUUUUA